UUUGGUUGAAUCCAUCAAAGUUUCAUUGAUUUUCAUAAAGUUCGACACAUCAUUUUGUCUUCGUAAUUUGAUCUCUUUUUCUUCCAUGUCAAUCAAUCAAUCAACAAAUCAAGACAAAUCCAACGUAAUGUACAGCCAAAUCUGUACUAUGAACCUGGUACCAAGGCUCCCUCCCUCCUUUGAUUCCUUUUGAAUUUGCUUUUUUGACUACAAGCUUUUGCUAUGGGCCUACGCAUGUGAUGAAGAACUUUGACCCCGAGCAGGACCUUUUUGGUUUUGAUGGAAAAGGCGAAAGCUACGUUCAUCAUUGGACCAUAUAAGGCUUCUGCUGAGCUGAUAACAAGACUCCCGAGUCAACCUGCCAAUGUUGGUUUCAAGCAAUACUCUGGUUACAUUGUCACUGAUGCUAAACAUGGUCGAGCUUUAUUCUACUACUUCGUGGAAGUGGAUGCCGCCGAUCCACUGUUACAUCCUUUAACAUUAUGGCUAAAUGGAGGCCCUGGUUGUUCAUCUCUUGGCUAUGGCGCGUUCAUGGAACAUGGUCCUUUCCAGCCAGGGGAAGACGGAUUCUUGGUCAAGAAUCAAUAUUCAUGGAAUUUGGAAUCAAACAUGCUGUACGUUGAGAGUCCAAUUGGAGUUGGAUUUUCAUACUCAAAUACUAGCUCGGAUUACAUAGGUGUUAAUGAUACUUUUACAGCUGAGGAGAAUCUGCAAUUUCUUGUCAACUGGUUCAAAGAAUUCCCGCAAUAUAGAAACUCGGAUUUGUACCUUACUGGGGAGAGCUAUGCAGGUCACUACAUACCACAGCUUGCUGCCUUAGUGCUGGAUUACAACAAACAUUCCAAUGGCAAACCAAUCAGGCUCAAAGCAGUUGCAUUGGGGAAUCCUCUUCUAGAUUGGGAGAUUAGUAUUGACAACACUGAGUUUUUCUGGUCACAUGGACUCAUUUCGGAUGAAAUGCUCAUGCUGAGAAAAACAGUCUGCAGUCGCCCGAGGGAUGCCAUAGAGUCCCUUCACAAUAAUUUGUCCAAAGAAUGCACUGAUGUGAUCCACAAACAAAGAGCGGAAAUAGGCUCGUAUACUCAGUACGGAGAUGUGACUUUGCCUAUUUGCACAUCAAGAAGUCUGUUUGGGCAGACUGUUUAUCUGAGAAAAUUCGAUACAUUGGAUGCUGAGCUUCCGAUGAGAUCAGUUAUCCCCGGUGAUCCAUGUAUCGAAGAUAGGAUACAUAAAUACCUCAACAAACCUGAAGUCCAAGAAGCACUUCAUGCAAACACAACUCACCUUCCUUAUCGUUGGGAAUUCUGUACAGGGACUGAUCUUGUCUAUGAAAGAAAAAAUCUAGAAACCAAUAUCAUACCUCUUCUGUUGAAUCUUCUCAGAAGUGGUAUUCCAAUCCUCCUGUACAAUGGAGAUCAAGAUGCAAAAAUCCCACUAACACAAACAAGGAUAAUUGCUAACAUGCUUGCGAAAGAGAUGAACCUUGUGCCAUUUGGGAACUUUGGGAACUAUGCUCCCUGGUUUGACAACAUGCAGGUUGGUGGGUGGACUCAAUCGUUUGGUCAAGCAAAGGACGGAAAAAAUAUAACGUUCUUAACGUAUGCUACGGUUCGGGGUGGGGCACAUGAAGUCCCAUAUACUUCUCCCUCGCCAGGCCUGACUCUAUUCAGGGCAUUCGUCAAGGGAUCUCCUUUACCUAGAACAAUAGCAAGUUAAUUAGCAAAUCCAGAAUAGGCUUGCAGAAUAAUAGAUUGACUUGGUGCUUCUGUCUGUUUCAAUAAUAAUGAUCAUGUUUUGCAGCUCAAAUUCUGAAAUGA